AUGCUGAUAUUUUAUUUACAAUUAAGUCUUGCUGCAUCCCAAUUCACUACAAUACCAGCACUGUUCAGUAAAAAUACAAGCCCACUAAUAGUUUUAGACUUAGAUUAUUUAAUUUAGCUCACCUCAGCCUAGGAAUCUAUUACGCAGGACAUAAGGUCUAUCUUUGCUCAACUUGAUUUCCACCAUUGAUUGCUCUUAAAACCUGUUGGCAAAGCUCACUCCUUCUAGCCAUGUAAAGCCAUUUGAAGGCCCAGAAGCACUGGGGCGACUAGCGGCUUGGCACAUGGCCUCACUCUAUCUGACUUUCCUCCAAUGUCUGUUUAACCUAUGAUUCUGCCUUUAUUGGGCAGUGGAAAGAGGUAAAAGCACGAUGCCUUUAGGAUGUGAAGUAAGAAAGUCUUCGCCAUUUCUUCCCUAUCAGAGUGCAAAACCUAACUCCAUAAUAAUAAAAGCUAGAGGAAUUCACUGAAUGAAUUUUCCUCUCACCAUAGCCAUUUUAUUAUUAAAGCCCAUUAAUAGUCAAUUAUUUCAAGAGCACUCUCGAGUGCUCAUUAAAUUACACUUCUGGCUGCAACUUAGGUUUGCCUUUCUUAUACUCAGUUUAUGAGAUUGAUGAUUUUUCUGACUUUGACCAAAUCUUCACUUCUGACUCGAAUUAUCUAUUCGUAUAUGAUGGGACUUGGUCAAUCAGCUUGUCUACAUUGAUAAGUGAAUAUGCAAGAAAUUAUGGGUUCAUUCAUUUUAUCAUUGAUUAUUCCCCUGAAAAGCCUUUACCAUAUGUCUAUUAUUCAUUUUAUUCUUUAAGCACUCAUGCACUGUCAGCGCUGGCUAUCGCAAGAGCCUAUAGCGUUAAAAAAGCCAUAGCCGUUAUUAGCAGCGAAUUUAUCAAAAUCGACUUUAGUGUUGAUGAAGAAGUUGAAAUUGUUGCUCAGUUUGUUUUAACUGAGCUGGUAACUUAUGAUUAUGUCUACUGACUAUUUUCUAAAAAGAUCAAGCCUUUAGGAGUAAAGUGGCUAUUCUUUAAAACCAACACAAGAAUAUCAAAGUUGAUCCAAGAAGCAUUAGCUUUAUCUUAAUUAUUAAAAAAUCCAUUGUAAUUCUCAAAUACGCCUUCCCUAAAACUUCCUUCCUUGCCUGCCAGUUCGCACUUCAUGACAUCUCGAAGAUUGCUCCUGCCAGAUAAAAGCCUGAAUUUGCUAAUCGCUACUGUACUGCGUGUCAACAAAAGUGGCCAUCAUGGAAAAUCAAAGGGUUAAAUUUUCUGGCUGAUUAUUAGCCAAAAUGGAAAUCCAAAUUCGAAGCAUAAUUCCUGGUUUGAAGCUGGAAAUAUAGUCCGAUUGGUCAGGAAAAUAGUCUCUGGCUUUUCUGGGAUAUACGUUUUCAGCUCUCGGGCCUAUUCAACUCUGAUGCAAAAACCCUGAUUUGGAUUAAGCAUGCAGCCGGCUAAAACCGACAUUGCGCUUCACUAAAUCAGGUAAAGUUUGGCUAGAUGCACAACUCCGAAUAUCAUCCUCCCUUCCUUAAGAUCCCUGCAAUCGCUAUGGGGAGUCAUCUAAAGGAGCUAAGAGGGGAUUGAUUCGCGGCAUAAUUUAGUUUUAUAAUGCAGGGACAAUCAAUGCCCCAAAGUGGUAUCGGAGGUGGAUUUGGCAUAAGAUAUCUUAUAAUAGACGUUAAAGUAAUAAAUAUCCAGGAAGCAAUAGUCCGAGCUGACAUGGACAAAGAAGGGUACACGUUUCUCUACAUAGAAGAAGCCGCGUGAGGUGCUUACUUGGAAGGGUCUAUUUUACUAGAAGAAAAAUGGUUCCAUAGCACUGAUUUUUAUUCUUAUACUUACCAGCUUGUGGUAUUGGGAACUGCACUUUAUUAUGGGGUGAUGGAAAAUACUAACUCCCCCCCCCCCCUCGUGAGCGAACAAAAAAAUUUUGUUCGCUCACGGAGGGGGGUUAAUUUUUUUUUUUAAAAAAAAUUUAUAUAUAAAUUUUAUAAAAAAUAUUUUUUUCGAAUUUAAAAAAAAUCCUAAUUUGCAAAAAUUGGGAAGCAAAUAUUAAUUUAAUUUGCAAAAUUUAUGUUUUAAAACGCAAUUUGUUUAAAAUUAAACAGAAUUAGCUCUAGAUUUCAUUUAUACUAAUUAUCACUUAUAUAUCCAAAUUUUUUUUCCAUUAAAAUUUUUUCUAUUAAAAAAAUUUUUGUUCACUCACGGAGGGUGGGUUUUUGGUCAAAAAAUGGCGAUUUUUCUCUAAUGGUUUUGUUCGCUCACGGAGGGGGGGGGGGGGAGUAAUAUUCAAGCUUCCUAUUCUGCAUAUGAAAUUUAUAACCUUGUGUCGAGAGAAAUUUCGCCUGAGACAGCAGGAUUUACUAUAUGGAAUAUUCAAAGCCCAGGAAAUUUUACUCCGGUUGGGUAUUUUAAUAAUAAAGGGCUAAAGAUUUAUGCGCCUAUUAUGUUCCCAGGAGGAACAUAUAAUUUUCCAAAUAACGAGAAACUAAAAAUCCCAAUCAGUAUAAAUAAAGAAGAUUCUAAAUACGAUGGAAGAAAUGUAAUGAAUCAAGAUGGAGCAAUGUUUGCAAUUGAUACUAUUGAGAAAAAAGAAAAUUUGCUGCCAAAUUUUGACAUUACUGUCAAUAGCAUUACAGAUUGUGAUUUUAAAAUAAAUUCUUCGAAAACUUGCUUUCUUAACCAUACCGAUGAGUUGGGUUAUUUUCAUAUUCCUCCAACAGAGUCCUCAAUGACCUUACAAACUAUUGAAGCUUUCCAGGCUCUCAAUAUUUCGACGCCAAUUAUUGGAGUAGAGACUUCAACUCAAACUAGCAAUUCUAAAUACUACCCGCAGUAUGCCAGAGUUUCGUACCCAAACUCCCGCACAGCAUCUGCAUCUGCUCUAAUUUUAAGUGUAUUUGGAAUAUCAAAGUGCUCUUUAUUAUACUCAGACUCAGUUUGAGGGGAAGAUUUUAGCGAGCAAUUCGAAAAUCAAACAGAAUCAUAUGGAAUUAAGAUUCUCAAUAAAAACAGAGUGAUUCCACUUGGAUAUGAUGGAAUUGAUAAGAAAAGCAUUAAAGAAAUUAUAGAGCGUAAAAGCAGAUAUGUCAUCUUAGAAGUCCAGCAGCCCGAUAUUUUUUAUGUUAUAGAGGCAUUUUAUGAUUUAGGGAUGAGAGAAGGCGACAUUUAUUUGAUAGUUGGAGACGGAAUGGUAAGCAUAUCAGAUUUAGAUGAAAAAGAAAUCGGAACUAGUUCUUAUAAUAAAAGAAAAGAAAUUAUGAAUGGGUUGCUUUAUAUCAGUUUCUUACUCCUAACUUUUAAUUGGAACAAAAAAACAUUUCAAUUUUAAAAGGUUUUAUUAUUUUUUUUAAAAAAAUUUCUACUAAAUUUUCAAUAACAAAUUUCUACUAAAUUUUCAAUAACAAAUUUCUACUAAAUUUUCAAUAACAAUUUUUAAAAUAAAAAAAUAUAAAUUAAAUCAAUUAUUUGAAUUUUAAUUUAUUUUUAUAAAUAAUUAAAUUCAAAAAAUAAUCAAUUUGUGUUAAAGCUGUUUAAAUAAUAUUCCCACUCUUUUCCAUUAAAUUAAGUCAAAUCCCAUUUUAUAAAAAUUAGUAUUUCACCAAUAAAAUUGUUUUAUUUAAAAAAAUUUAUUUAAGCGGUUUUAGUGUCUAAUUUUUUACUUAUAUUUUAUUCCAGUUAAAGGUGGGAGUUAGCGUUUGAAAGCCAAGUUGGAGCUGACGUAAAAAAUAAUUUUUUAUCUGAAUAUGGUCAUAUUCAUGACUAUAUGUGCUUAUUUUAUGAUGCUACAUAUCUUGGAAUCCAAACCCUUUCUGCUCUAAUUGAUAGAGGAAUUAAUUUGGAUAGCUAUAAUAUACAAAAAAUAGUUAGGGAAGUCAAAUUUGCAGGCUGCUCUGGAGUGAUUCGUGUCAGUCAAGACGGAAACGAUAAACUUACAAUAAAUUUGGGCAUUUAUAACUUAAUAUAUACAAAUUCUACAUGAUCAAUGAACCUUUGCGGCCUUUAUGAUCCAAGCCAGCUGAUUGUGCUGCAAAUUAAAGAAGAACUUUCAUGAACAGCAAGUGGUCAAAUUCCUAGCGAUAUUAUUGGAGAUGAUCAAGAGUGCCCAUUUAGGAGCAUCCAAGUUAAGUCAUUUGAGUAUGGCUAUAUCAUUUUGAUAAUUGUAGAAAUUGUCCCAUUUAUUAUCGGAAUUGGGUUUCUUACCAAAUUUUAUCAUUUUGUUUUUAUUGAAAAGUUUCCAAAGCUUCUUUCGGUAGAGAAAGAAAAUCUUUUGGAUCUUGUUUCGUAUUUAAUUAUGGCUAUUGAAAGCCUCCAAUAUAUGCAAAUAGGACCAGAUUUUACAGUCUUUUUCCCUCAAUGAUCCAAUGUAACUAAAUUGUCAACCCUCAAUAUUUCAGGAUGGUUCAAAAAAGGAUUUUUUACUUUUUGGAACCAGGUACAAUUAUUUGAUAGUCUCUCACUUGGAUGAUGCGUUCUUUUUAUCUCAAAAAGAUUCAUUACUGCUAAUACAUUCCAAAUUCUAAAUGAGCUAAAUUUGUGAUUUUUACCUAUAGUUGGAGAUAUUCUGUUUUUACCUAUUAGCUUGUAUUUAUUUCAAACAUUUCAAUGCACAAGUUCAAUAGGCGAUAAUUUUAAAGAUAGUUUUCAUGAUGAGUAUUGUUCUACAUUUUGCUGGCAAGGAGAGCAUACCUAUUAUGCUAUAAUUUCUUUGAUAGCAAUUUGUCUAUAUACUCCUGCAAGUUUAUAUUAUAGGUUCACAUGAAAAAACAAUCUUUCAUUUCAUUUCAAAGAACAGAAGUUUCAUUAUGCAGUAAAGAGGAUAUAUACAUAAAAAUGGUGACAACAGACCACCCGACCUCUCGACCCUAUUUCUUCAACAUCAGCAGGCAACGGCCCAGUGUCGGAGAUUUAGGUGGAAAGGGCCGGUAAUCCUUUAUGUAUGUUCGGGCUGGGUUUUCUUCGAGCCCGAGGAGCUAAUUCUCGGACUUGGAGUUUUUCCUCCAGGACAACCAUUGGAAAGGGCAAGGCCGGCCAAUGUUUGAGGGCAAUAUGACCCUCAGACCCUGAAGACGGUAUUUGCCCAACGAGAAACUGGGAGUUUCGACCCAGGUGGUUGGCCCUUAGACUCCAGAAGCCAUGGAAGUUAAGACUGGUUGUGCGAAUCCCUUGUUUGAGGCAACAAGGAGGGUAUCCGCCGAGGCUCCUCAGGGGCCCUGAGCGUGUAGGGGUGCGAAUCCCCGCCCUGCAAGGCAAACGGCUUAAUCUAAUCUAAUCUAAUCUAUGCAGUAAAGAGCUUUGUCCAAAUGACGCUGAUUGUAUUAUACACAAUUGUUCGGCCAGCAUCUGAAAAUAUUUUCUUAGGUCUUGGCAUCGGGCUAUUGUUGUUUUAUCUAACUAUUUCGAUAUUCCAGCAGCCUUUUACUUAUGACAGAGCUUCAUUAUGAUAUAUAAUAUUUUUAGCAUGCAGUCUUUUAGUCUGGAUUUGCUGUGCAUUAGCAAAACUCAAUAAAAAUGCAGCAUUAGCCAUAGUUUUGGCAGGAUGACUGAUGCUUGCAAUAGCGGGAGCAAUUUAUCAAAAAUUGUAUCUUCCUUCACUUUUAGAGUCUUUAAAAGGUCAAGAUAUUCAUAAAUUAUUCAGAUUUCAAUUGUUUUCAAUUAGUCCUGAGCAAGCAGGAAUUUCUAAAAAAGUGAAUUAUGAAUAUGUUCGGGACAUAAUUCAAGGUAAUAAUGUUGAAAAUAAAUACAAAUCUAAUCCAAUAGAUAGCAGUGCGCUAGAUGAGGAAAUUUUGAAAUCAAGUAUGCAAUCUUUAGAAGUAUCGAUCUAA